AUGAAGAAGGCAGGCAGAGAUGGUAUAGUGAUGCUGAUGGUGGAGAUCUAUGGCCAACAGUCUGUUGAGCUGACCAAAGACGUUUUACAGAGAAUGAACAAGACUGAUCUGGUCGGAAAGUUGUCAGAAAGCAGCUCAGGAUUCAACACUGAGAAGAAACUUCAGCAAAAAGAUCCACAACAUGAAUCAACCAUGACACCGGUCCAUUCACAGCUUUUAGAAACACUGGAAGAAUUAGGUUCAGGGGACCUGGAGAAAUUCAAACAUGCCUUGCUCUACACUAAAAUGAAAGAAGGGCUUCCAAAAAUCCCAAGAGACCAAGUGGAGACCGCAGACAAAGAUGAGAUAGUGAAGCUGAUGGUGGAGAUCUAUGGCCAACGCUGUGUGGAGGUGACUAAAGAUAUUUUAGAGAGGAUGAACAGGACUGAUCUGGUCGGAAAGUUGUCAGAAAGCAGCUCAGUAUCUAAAGGGCCUUUUGGUUGUGUGGAGCCUGACGACUGUGGACAAAAAAUGCCGGACUCUGGUCACUGGACCAAACUUGAUCCUGAAGUGAACAGUACUGAUGGAGAUGAGUCUCCUACAUACAGCCUACAGAGUGAAGCAGGAAACUGUUUUGAAUGCAAUGUCUCCGGCAUUCGCUGGAUCUGUAAGGAUAAGGUCAGCUUUCAGUACAAGUUUUGCUCUUGGGAGGAACACAUUGAGAGGAUGGAAAGCUUGAAAUACUUGCCUGCAGGUCCUCUAAUGAACAUCAAAGUCAUUGCUGGAAAGUUUGAUGAAGUGUACCUGCCACACUGGAUCUGCAUAGACGGCAACACUGACAUAUUAGGAGAGUUUGCCGUCCUCCACAUCGAUGACUGUGGUGAUGUUGUGGAACAAGUUUCUGAGGUCACGCCUUGCCAUGUCAAGUUAGCUGAACCAGUGUUCUCGCCAAAGGGGGUUCUGAUCAGAGUUGGUGCGCGUGUGAAAACACGCUGCAGCGUGUUGAUAUUUAAGAACAACAAAGCAUUCCUCAAGCUCAAUGUUUAUCUGAUCCCAUGUGAUCCUGGUCUUCGAGAGGAAAUUCUCAAGAUUGAAUCAACCAAUGGAAACAAAGAAAUUCGAAAACCACCUGAAUAUAAGCCCUUGAGAAUGAAGGAUCGUUUUAUCCUAUCAACCGAUAUGGAUGGUGCAGUAGUUUGUCCCAAAGAAGUCAAGCUCAAAUAUGAAUUCACCGAUCCACAGUACUUUCAAGUAUGUAUAAGAAAUCCAGACGCAGACUUCCUCCUCGAGCUUACAAAAAAAAAUGAGAGUAUACCAGUGUGGACCCGCACAAUUGAUGAAGAUGAUUACCAAAGCAAUUCCCGUGCACCAGAUGAUUACCAAGGCACUUCCCAUGCACCAGAGGUGCACUUUGUGGAUAAACACCAGUGUGACCUGAAAGCAAAUGUGAACAAUAUUGGAACAAUAUUGGAUAAGCUACUGGAAAAAGGUGUAAUCCGUGAAGAAGUUUAUGAUCAAAUAAGAGAUACCCCAACCACUCAGGAGCAGAUGAGGAAGCUCUUUCGUGGUCCCCUAAAAGCUGGAGGAAAAGAAGCAAAAGAUGUCUUCUACAAAAUCCUUGAGGAGGAGGAGUCAUAUCUUGUGGAUGGUCUCAAGAGGAAGGAGUCUGGAGCAGGAGCAAUUUGGAAUUAAGUGUCUUGCCCAAGUACUCAUCGGACAUGUUGCUCAGGAGCUGCGGAUCGAACAGGUUGAGAGAAGACCGUCUCUACCACUGAACCACAUUAGGGAAAAGAACAAUGUUAAAAGGUUUUUUUUUGCCAGUGACCAAAAGACUGCAUAUCACGUUUCAACACAAGGCUUUCAGAUUUAAUUAAGGACAUACAAUGAAAGAUGGCUGAGUUAUCUUUCAGAAAACUGAAGCUAUAAUCAGCUGUCUCUCCGCAAACACAGCAAGACUCCUUCACACUAAAAAAAAAGUAUAUUCAAAAGUAGUGUUGUAGUCAUGACCGCUCUAACCGAGACCAAGACAUACCCGAGACGAGAAUAACAAGACAUUCAAGGAUCGAGACUGAGUCCAUAACCAAGACCAAGGCAGGUCGAGACCGAGACAAGAACUCGACCAUAAAUAUCAAUGAAAAAUCGUUAUCUUGUGUGCAGGGGGGCGUGCCACUAAUUUAGACCGUAACACCGGGAAGGUCUGGAGUCCGCCUAGUCUGAUACCGAGACAAGACCGAGCCAAAAUGCUUGCGAUUCCUACACGAGAUCAAGACCUCUACCGUUCAAGUAAUACAACACUGUUCAAAUGUAUAUCCACAUUUUAACCUUCCACGAUUCUGCAUAUAGAACCUUGUUUUUAACAUUUUUGGAACAAAUCAUUAUUUUUUUAAUUAAGUCUAUUUUCUUGCAUUUCUCGUGUGCCAACAUGAAAGUUAGAAUCUGUAGAGGAGAAGAUGGUACUCUUCUGCAAAAUGCUGUAGAAAAAUGUUUCUGUGAUACCUAUUGUAGGACCGAACGUCCAGUCAACCUGUACAAACAAAGCUUUUAAUACACAAAGAGAUGUGGCAUAUCGUUGGAAUAGUUUGACGCCUUGGGCAUUUACCAAAUAAUAA